AUGACGUCACAGGAGUGUGACAGUCGGUUUCGAAGAUGGAAUGAUGCGAGAGUUAGAGCAGAUUCGCACCGCCUGGAGCAGAGAGCGCAGCACACGACACGCCAAGCAUUGCAGACAUCCGAUCGCCAAACGAUCUUAUUGGCAUCUUGCGUGGUGGUCAUUGUCAUUAGACAACCAAUACCGAUAGAGGGCGGUUUAACCCCCGGGGUUUCAUUCUCCAAACUGGAAGGAAGGUUUAAACUAGUAUCAGUCGGUCGGGCAGGUGUGUGGGCCAUAAGCGCAAACAACCAGGUUCACUACAGGGAGAAAACGUACGGUAACGAGAACGACGCAGGGGAUAGCUGGAUGCUAGUUGAUGGCCAAGGACUAACACAAGUCGAUGUGGGGAAUAACAUCGUUUGGGGUGUGAGUAGCACGCGUGACGUGUUCUAUCGUAGGGGUAUAGGGCGGAGUCACCCGAUGGGUGCAAUGUGGGUUAAGGUGGCAGGCUCCCUUAAACACGUCACCGUAAGUCAGAAGGGCCACGUGUGGGGCAUAUCUGAAACCGAUGUCGUUUACCAUCGCAUUGGAGCGUCCAAAUGCAACAGGGCUGGAGACAGUUGGAGCCAGAUUGGGGGUACCUUGAUGAAGCAAAUCUCGGUAGGUAGCGGUGGUGUUUGGGGAGUUAGCUCGGCCAGUUCCGUCUACUACAGGGAAGGGACGUACGGGGACCCAGACUCCGAUCCCGAUGGGUUGAACUGGGUCAUAGUGGACGGUGGUCUGAAGUACAUCACCUCAGCGGAUAGAAUCUACGGGGUCAAUGACCGGAAUAUGAUUUAUUUUAGAGUGGGCGUGUCCGCUGCUAACCCGAGGGGGAGUGACUGGCAGAAUAUCCCGGGUGCUUUGAAUCAGGUGGACUCCUUGUCACUCACGAUUUGGGGAACAACUAACACUAACUAUAUCUUUGUUAAAAGGACAAAUUAA